AUGAUUGAUGAUGAGAAAGACGCGCGCGAUAACAACAAAGAAAUAGAUGACGAUAUGUGGAGACGCAAAAGAUUACGUAAAGACCUACUGCAGAUGGAACAAGUUCUUCGGAAUUUUACAUUCGGAAAAAUUGGAGAAUCCUCACGCGGUGUUGAAAGCUGGAUGAAAUGCGCCUUCUGCAACAGAGUUGGGCAACAUUUUUCUGACUCCUGCCCACAAUUAACAGAUUGCGAUAAACGAUACAAUAUCGUACGUUAUGGAGGACUUUGCAAGCACUGCCUUGAUCAAUGCCCACCUGACAAGUGCAAGUUCAAGCCGAGACGAUGUUGGUACUGUGAAAGAAUUAGAGGAACUAUCGCAGAGGACCUAAUGCCAGACGACGGAGGACAUCAUCGCACCCUUUGCAAUGUACCAAACGCGAGGAACACCUUAAGACGCAGGAUCGAGAAGCACAAGAAAGAGCUCGACGGAUGA